CACUGCUGAAGCCUUAAUGCUAUUUUGUAAUUCUUCUGUAUAGAAAAAUGUCCUGCCGCUCUCGGCCUCCCAUGGGGGACAUCCCCAGAAAUCUGAGCUACAUUGCUGGACUUUAUGAACGAGCCUACUACCGCACAGCUAGACCGAGCCUGGAGGAGCACGAUGAAGGAGGAGAAGAAGCGUUAUCCUCUCCAGGUUGCUCCAGCGCUGUAAAACCCACAAGUGCUCCGCGAAGGUGGCGUUCCCGAUCCGCCCCAGCUUUGCGCGUGCCCCGGGCAGAGCGCCACCGCAGCCCGGAAAGCAGGAAGAGGGUCCGCUUUGCAGAUGCCUUAGGGCUAGAGCUGGAGUCUGUACGCCACUUCAGACGUGAGGAUAUGCCCCAAAUUCCCCAACAUGUGACCUACCGCCUACAGAAAGCAUUGCUGGAACAAAUAGGAGGAUCCUGCAGCUCCAAGGAAGAUGUGAGCUGGUGUGAGGCUCGCCAUGUCAUAUCCCCUUCUUGGACAAUAGAGCCAGGAACCUUGGAAAAGCAAACUUGGGAGCGGAGCGCCUGGGAUCAACAAACAUGGGAUCAGCGCGUGUGCUUACAGAAUAUGCGCUGUGAAAGCUGCUUCCUGUGGGGGUCCGUGAGGGUCCUGGAUCUGGCUUAUGAAAAGAGAGUUACAGUGCGCUAUACUCUGGAUGGAUGGCUUUCUUAUCAGGAUACCCAUGCUCUGUAUGCUGCUCGCCUGUGCCAUGGUGGAGCUGGCCACCCUGGCACAGACCUCUUCACCUUCCGUCUACCUCUACCACCACAAGACCAAGCCCUGCCUUCGCCACUGCAAUUUGCGAUUCAUUAUCAAGUUGGAGAUGAGGAGUUCUGGGAUAACAACAAGGGCAAGAAUUACAGCCUGCGUCUGUCUAAUGCCGAAGCUUCCCAGACUCAGGAUUCUGAAAAUGGAUGGAUACAUUUCAUAUAAUACAGAGAGGAUAAAAGUUCAGUGUCUGAUAAUUGUUCUGCAUAUCAAUGUUAGACCAAAGAAUACUGACCAGAUAACUAAUAUCAGUAUACAAUAAAAGUGCUCAGAAUUUAGGGCAUAAUAAAGUGGAAUUAUCAAUAUAGAAAUUACAGCAUUUUUUAAAUGAAGCAGAACAGUAUUUGCAUUGAUAUAUAGCAAU